GGAAAUUCUUGACCUCCAUCCCAUCGACGGACAACUUAAAUAGUUAUGCAUGAACAUUAUUAGUUUUACCUGGUCGGACCCCAGGGUAACUAGUUAGUUAAGCCAACAAACGCAGCCAAUAACCUACCACCAACGCAGCUUGGCGGGCAAGGUAAGCUGGGGGCAUAUAUGAAAAACACAGGCGGAAGCAUAAACUAUAUGGAAGGAGGCUGUGAAGGAGUUGGAUUUCAUAUCAUAAAGGUAAGUUAAUAGUAUCUUUCUGUAUGUGUGCCUACAUCAUAGUUGGGUUUGCGCUCGUGGCAAUCAAUCUUUAGGGAACCUUACGACACUUUCGAAUAUCCUGUUUCCUUCCCGGCAGGGUAACUAAGUUACAGUGCCAGUGGUUCCCUACGUAAUAGCAGUUAAUUUCAGCAAACCAUCAUCCCCCGACCUCCCAAGUUCUCCCAACUACCCUAAACUUGCCUGCCCAUCAAAAACACAACCUAUUAAAUAUGACAUCCUCUUCAGAGGAAUCUGCAUUCACCUUUAUUCCACUGGGUGGCAUUCUCCAGGAAUUUCGUGUUGCUGGCAAGAACAUCGUCCUAGGCUUCCCCACCCAGGAGCAUUAUGCCAAGUAUAACACUGCAUACUUCGGCGCCACUAUCGGCCGCACAACAAACCGGCUGAAAGACUCAGUCAUUAACAAUCUCAAUGGAGAAACAUACACCAUUACAACGAAACAGGGCCCGAAUUCAUUGCACGGGGGGAAGGCUGGCUGGAGUUCCAAGGUCUUUGACGGCCCGCAAGCUGUGUCUAAGAAUGGAAAGGAAGGUUUGGAGUUCAAGUACCUAAGCAAGGAUGGUGAUGAGGGCUAUCCGGGCACAGUGGAACUGAGGAUAUGGUAUACAGCUGGCAAGGAGGCAGGGGGGGAGGGGAAGCAGUCCAAAACUGUCCUGGAGAUUGAGUACGAGGUUGAGUUCGUGGGAGAUGAGUGCGAAGAAACUGUGGUGGGAGUUACGAAUCAUACUUACUUCAACCUUGGCGAUGGGCCGACGAUCGAAGGCACAGAAGCAGUUUUGGCCACCGACAAUUAUCUCCCCAUAGAUUCCACAGGUAUUCCCCUCGGUACAAUAGAGCAUUACAAUUUGACAGAGGUUAAAAAGCCUUUCUUCCUCAACGCAACUUCCCCAGACAUUGACGACUGUUUCGUGAUGGAUACGGACCCGGCCUCAAUACCAGUCGACACUCGAUCUCGACCACUGCGUCUAAACGGAGCAUUCAAACACCUGGUCACAGGUAUUAAUCUCGAAGUCCAUUCCACGGAGCCUGCUUUCCAGUUCUACACUGGAAAGUUCAUUAAUAUCCCCGCCGUUGGAGGGGCACCUCCACGGGGACCCCGGUCAGGCUUUUGUGUGGAACCCAGUCGAUAUAUCAACGCACCGAACGAACCCAAUUGGAGAGGGAUGAGUGUCUUGAAGAAGGGGCAAAUUUGGGGGUCCAAGAUUGUGUACAAGGCAUGGAUGGAGUAAAAAAAGAGAGAGUGAAACCCUCAAGGUUUGGCCUGCGAGAAUUGAGGUUGAGAUGGGCACUUCGCCUAAGUUCUUACGCGACGUGUCACUUUACCGCAGAGUUACUCCAGCUUUGCAAGAUUGUAUGUGCGUUAGUUACUUAGAGCUUUAUGGCUGCUUCCUCUUGACUCGGUUUCUAUGCCGAGUUCUCACGUCCGCACCUCUCAUGUCCAAUGAGAAACGGAGAACCUAUCCCGUUUUUGGCCUGCGCCAAUUGAUACCGAAGAAAUGAUCUUGUUUUGCCUGUAGUGCGAUCCUGUUGCUUGGAUGCCCAAUGCACAGCAUCAAUAUUUUCUUCAUUUCCAGACAAAUUCGACAGUCCUCCAAUCCCGAGACAGCUCUUAAAUUUUUUUUCAAAAACUAUUAUCCUCCCAAGGCAACUUAACUGGCAGCCCGGCAGCAAGUAGACCAAUUACUUUUUACCUAACCAUUCGCCGUGGUUUCAAUUUAAAGCAUGUUGAGUUUGUGAAACCUGGCCCGAUAUGAAAUGAAAUAUACCGCCGUGCAUCAUUUAUCGCCCCAAACUUUGGAGCUUUCAGUUAUCAUUGCAAAUAAUAGAUGGAGAGCUUGCGUAUCGUAAUGGAUGUCAACUAUUGGUCUUACCAUGAUCUUCUUCCUUUACUAAGUGGCGGUGACCAUUGACAAUGAGUUUGCAGCGACGUACGCCUUCAUGGAAGGGCUUUCCCCAAGGCCCCGCCCACUGCACUGCCAUUGGUAAGCGUAAUGGGAGGUUAGGUGGAAGGUCAAAAAUAUCGAUGGAUGCACCGGAACAAAAGAUUUUCCCGCUCCGGCUCCAGGUGACCGACGAAACCCUAAUUAUUUAACGGAGAACUCUCUUGGAUCCUUUUCGAUAAUAUUCAGAGAAAUUUCCCUUAUAUAAAAGGCUUUCGAAUAUGCUUUCGCCUUUUAUUACUAUCUCUUACAUGGCACUUCUGGCAGCUUGCAAAGUGGAACGAGUUGACAAGAGUGGUUUGCUUCGUUGUCUCAAGAUGGCUGGAAGCAUUCAAGUUCUUUCUGGGUCCAGUCGUCUGACUUCGGCUGCAAUUCUGAAGGAUUAAAGGAAAGGUGAAAAAUGGGUGCCCUAUCGGAUUUCCUGCUCCCUAAUGAUUAUUUUUCAAUAAUAAUAUACCAACAGAGAGCAAUCCUACACACCCGAAAACCUCACAAUAUCAUUGAUAUUGCACUUCGCCAAUUUUUGUUUCUGUUCCUCAGUAACGCUAUUUGUUUAAAAUCAGGAUAUUGUAGCUCGCGCCUAGCAGGCAAAGAAAUGAAAAUGGCUUCGCGGCUACAUUUCAUAUUAUGUCCAUUUCCAAAACGGUUUUCUUUAAUCUGUUCAGUUAACUACGGCUUGAAAGGGCCAUUUCGUUAACUCCUUCAUCCCGCUAUGGCUUUGUUCAUCGUAAACAAGGCCCUCGAACUUUAAAUACUUCAUCGUCUACCCACAACUCUUUUGUUCAAUCCCUUCUCUUUCUUUAAAUGAUAUACGGGUCUCCAUCUAGAUCCAUGAAAAGUCCGUUAAAUGGUAGUGUUCAAUGAACAAGCCUCCCCCUUGGCUCCUGGACGAACACAUCGAUGAAAGAAAGACACCUCGAGAGUUCUAUUUUGAAACUGACAGCAUGAUCGCGCCAGCGAUGUGUAUUAGCAUACUUGAUUUAUUAUUAAUGGACUGAACCGUGCCCAUCGUGGAGUUUCCACAACUGUCCAAUUUUGGCUUCUUAAUAUUAACAUUACCAACUGCACAUCUCUGGAUAUAAGCACCUAGAUACGUGAUUCCCUUUCCAGUCCAACCCUUCCGCCGCGCACGCUGAACGUUGACUUUACAUCGCAACUCCAUCCUGCAUGUACCUUGCACGUUUAAUGAUUGAUAUUGAAUACGAAAAUCCCCUUGGAGAAAACAAAACCCCUCGAGCAAUAGGUCCCACUUGCAUCGGACGCACUAUAUCACAAAAAAAUAAAACCAAAAAAGAAAACCAGGGAUCGAGGACGACGAAUCCAAAAUCAUGUGCUCCCAGUUUUACAACCACCACUCUUGCGGCCACGCAGUAUUCGUCCGGACAAAAACCUGCGGAUUGAAACAGUUCUGCCCCUUGAUCAAAAAGGAACACAUCGGCAUAAAUUACAUGUGCGAGCGAUGUGCUGCCAAUAUUCUAUUAGCCAUGAAGAGAGACUUGACUGCUAGCCGCAGCAGCAGCAAAUCAGGUAGUCGGAGCCCCAGACGCGCGGGCAGGUCAACAUCGAGAUGAAAAAGGGGUUUUGGAAUUGUUAGCGGAGGAGAUCUGUUUUCAUUGCUUACUUAAUUGGCUUUCUUUGCUACUCACGAAUUUACUGGCAUUAAAUGGUGUUUUGGAUUUGUUCUUUUCAUCCUGGGAGGAGGUCGUUUGCUUUGAGGAAUUUCUUGAUUUAAUUACUGAAAUGAAGAGUGGUGAGGGAUCGAGCCUGGUUGAAAGAAUCACAGAGCCAUUCCCCCGUGAUGAACUCCAUUGUCAUAACGGUUCUUUUUAGCUUUGCAUAUACACUGUAUGUAUGUAUGUAUGUAUGUAUGUACAUACAAUAGUACAAAAAUAGAAUAAGCCCAGCAAACAAUAAAGAUUUAAAUGUCGAUAGAUAAAAUAGCUGUAUCUCUUGCAGGUGUUUCUUCGCCAAUAGUUACUUGUCUCAAUUAGCCCCCCAAAGAAAGAAAUUCACAUAUUUCUUCAACCAACUUCAAUCUGCCCUUGCCAACUUUUCAAUCCGAUAAAUAAAUAAGUCUAUAGGUGAACUAGCCGCUUCCAA